AACUCCGAGUCGACUGUGGAAGUGCUAUUGGAUUCUAAACGCUUGGAUUUACGUGCCCAGCACCAAAUUUAAAUACCUUCAACGGCUGUUAGCAUUGUCGUCUACAGCUGAGUGAGGGUUCGGCAUUACAUGCAUGCAUCACGACACAGUCGUAGCUUAGACCGUUACGCCGUUGAUCGAAGGCAUUUGAUCGAAGGCAUUCCACAAGUCAGUUGAAUUGCGAAUGUCAAGAAGCCAAUUCAUUACUUGCCGCGCGGCCAACGUUAUCUUACCUGUUAUGUCCACAAUGCAGUUUGCACAUAUAUCUUGUGAGAGUUCUUGAGCGCUUUGCUGCCAAACGGUCCCUUCAACCCACCGCUGCACUUAGCACCAUGCGCAGAAAUCGUAAUUCCCACUGGCAUCGCGCUUCAAAGCCUUCGAACGAUCCGCCGCAGGCCUCCAUCCCAGGGCCCUCUGUUCCCAACUCCCAGAUCCCUCCCGAUCCGUCGCUCCCGCUAUCUUCACUCAUUACCGAAAUGAGAAUUGACAGUCCGCGUGCGAUGCCCCCAACACACUACAUCCAGAACAACAGCACAAGCGUCCGCACGCAUCAAGAACCCGCAGAUAUCGGAACAUCAGUCCCUGUGGGAUCCGCAUCUCGUAGCUCUGGCGAUCUAAAGAAAACAAUCGUCGCCAGCACCAAACUCCUUCUCCAAGCCGCAGCCACUGCUCUCAAGUUCACCCCCAUCAAAAAUCUUGACCAGAUCCCCAACACGCUUCUUGCUUGUAUCAGUAUAUAUGAGGACGUCAAGGGUAAUUCUGAGGAUCUCAAGCAGCUGUGCAUCGUAAUUCAGCAAACGCAAGCCUCGGUGCUGGAGCCCCUCCAAAAGUGGACUGGAGAAGUUCCUCCUGAGCUUGACAGCCUAGUGAAAGAAAUCCGGGUGUACGCAUCUGUUCGCCUUAGCCCUCUUGCUCGCACUCGCUCAUUUUCUCCGUAGGGCUUUGGAGGAACAGAUGGAGGAAAUUAAAGCGGCCCGAGAAAAAAGCAUUGUCAAGAGGACCCUUCUAGCGCGAGAGAUAGCUCGACAAAUAACUGGUAUGAAGAGCUACCUAAAUGAUGCUAUUAAUCGAUUCCAGGUCCGCACGCUUCAAGAUUGUUUGAGUAAUUCGGACCUGAUUAACCAUGUCCGUCAUAGCUAAGAAUAUCAACCUU